AUGAUUAAUAAAUAUACAAUUUGUUUAGCUGUUUUUGCAACACUUGUUGUAAUAAUUGCAAGUGACAACAGAUUUUGUCACAUGAAUUCAUGUUCAAAAUACGGUAAAGUUCACACCUUGUGCAAACACCCUACAUCUAAGCCAUCUCGUGCUUGUGGUACAUUGCACAAAUCGAAAUUGACUGCAAAAGAAAAACAAGAUAUCCUGAAUGCUCAUAAUAAAUUUAGAAAAUUUGUGGCAAGUGGAAAAGAAAAAAGAGGACAAGGUGGACCACAACCAGCUGGAAUUAUUCCUCCUCUUAAAUGGGAUGAUAAUCUUGCAUUCACUGCUCAAAGAUGGGCAAUACAAUGUGAUUGGAAGCAUGACUCAUGUCGUAAUGAUGAUCGUUAUCAAGUCGGUCAAAAUCUUGCAAAGAAGAGUGGUACCAAUGGAUAUUUUAACAACAUGUAUAAUCGUGUUUUACAAUGGUAUGAUGAGGUCGAAUUAUAUAAUCCUAGAAAUGUUAAAAAAGUCAAAUUUACUAAAGAAACUGGUCAUUAUACACAACUUGUAUGGGGAAAAACAACACAUGUUGGAUGUGGAAUUGCAAAUUAUUAUGUUGGAAAAAAAUAUGUAACUUAUUUAGUAUGCAACUAUGGGCCAUCUGGAAAUUUUCCUGGUGAAGCGGUUUAUAAAACUCGCUAGUCAAUAACGUUGAAUUUAUUUAUUAUUUAGUAGUUAGUACUAUGAUCUUGGUAAAAUUACAAAUUUAGAAAAUAAAAAAAGAAUUAGUUUGUUUUAAUAUUUUUAAUUGUAAUUUUAAAUUAUUAGUUGUAAAAAAAUUAAUCCAUCAUAAAGCGAUUGAAUUAUGAAUUUAUACUAAAAUUAAUUCUAAAAAAAGGUAAAAUAAAUGUUUAGAAAAAAAAA